CGUCUGCGGCCCCGCCGGCGCACCUCCAUGGAAAAUGACUCUGCUCCUCCCCUCAACGGCGACACUUCACAGCCUGUCAGUCUCCCUAAAGCCACCGGUGAACCUCCGUCAUCGCCAUCGCUGAAGCGCCGUCGCCGCAAGAAGCUGUUCCCAGGGAUGGUUCCUUCCCACGCCGUUCGGCAACUUUCUUCCCGUUCAAACGGCGGCGUUGUUUGCAACGAGAAGGCCAUGGACGAGCUUUUCCAAGAGCAGAUCGACGAAGACGAUCUUCCGUCUGCUUCCUCCUCCUACCGUUCCCGACGCUUUCCCCCGACCUCGUCCUCACGCCUCGCCCGAGACCUCGACGUCGAGGCUCAAAUAGCGAUCUCCGUCGGCUUUCCAGUCGAUUCUCUAAUCGAGGAGGAGAUUGAGUCCAACGUCAUCCCUAUCAUUGGAGGCGCCUCCCAGGCGAACUAUAUCAUCGUCCGAAACCACAUCGUAGCUCGCUGGAGAACGAAUCCCUCCGUCUGGCUCACCGAAGAAGCCGCCGCAGCCGCAAUCCGCUCAGAUCACUACCAACUCGAAACUGCUGCCCUCCGCCAGUACGCUUACAUCAAUUUCGGUAUUGUCCGCAAUCCUCCUCCUUCGCCUUCUAACCCUUCGUUUCCCUCCGUCAUUAUCAUUGGUGCUGGUUUCGCCGGGCUCGGUGCCGCCCGCCACCUAAUUUCGCUAGGUUUCAAGGUCAUCGUUCUCGAAGGCCGUCUCCGCCCCGGGGGUCGUGUUCUUACCAGAAAGAUGCAGGGCGCUGGCGUCGUCGCCGCUGCUGACCUUGGAGGUAGUGUUCUCACUGGAAUCAACGGAAAUCCCCUCGGAGUCCUCGCGCGCCAGCUAGGCCUCCCACUUCACAAGGUCCGCGAUAAGUGCCCGCUUUAUCUCCCAGACGGUCGGCCUGUUGAUCGCGCGGUCGAUUCGAGAAUCGAGGUUGCAUUCAAUCAACUGCUUGAGAAGGUUUGUAAGCUCCGGCAGGCUAUCAUGGACGAGUUAAAGUCCGUUGAUAUCUCUCUCGGUGAAGCUCUCGAGGCCUUCCGUCGGGUGUACGGCGUCGCUGAGCCUGCGGAGGAGCGGAUGCUUCUGGAUUGGCAUCUUGCCAACCUUGAGUACGCCAAUGCUGCGCAUCUCUCCGACCUUUCUUUGGCCUACUGGGACCAGGAUGACCCUUAUGAGAUGGGCGGUGAUCACUGCUUCAUUCCUGGUGGCAAUGGCCAUUUUAUACGAUCUCUUGCAGAGGGAAUUCCAAUAUUCUACGGAAAAACGGUGAACAGAAUACAGUAUGGAAGUGAUGGAGUCAUGGUUUAUGCUGAUGAGCAGACCUUUCGUGGUGAUAUGGCCCUUUGCACUGUAUCACUUGGUGUUCUUAAAAAGAAUGUUAUUGAGUUUGUGCCCCCUCUGCCACCACAGAAACAGGAAGCAAUUGAUAGAUUGGGAUUUGGGCUACUGAACAAGGUGGCAAUGUUGUUUCCCUAUGAUUUUUGGGGUGGCUCUGUUGAUACCUUCGGGCAUUUGACAGGAGAUUCCAGUCAAAGAGGAGAAUUUUUUCUCUUUUAUAGCUAUUCUUCUGUCUCUGGCGGACCUUUGCUGGUUGCCCUUGUUGCAGGAGAAUCAGCCAUUACUUUUGAGAAGGCCCCUCCCACGGAACCUGUUGAAAGAGCCCUCGGUAUUCUUCGUGGUAUAUUUGCUCCCAAGGGAAUCCAGGUUCCUGAUCCAUUACAGGUAGUUUGCACACGUUGGGGAGCAGAUAAGUUCACGUAUGGAUCUUACUCUUAUGUGGCUGUUGGGUCCUCUGGCGAUGAUUAUGAUAUUUUGGCAGAAAGCAUUGGUAAUGGAAGGGUGUUUUUUGCUGGAGAGGCAACAAACAGGAGAUAUCCUGCUACCAUGCAUGGUGCUCUCCUCAGUGGUUUCAGAGAGGCAGCUAACAUAUCUAGGGCAGCUGAGAGGUCUAGGGUGCAGAUGGUGGAUAAAACUGAUGUGGAGGAGGUCUUGGAUUUGGAUAAUUUGUUUAAGUCUCCUGACCUAUCGUUUGGCAAUUUUUCAGCUGUCCAUGAUCCAACUCCUGGGAAUCUCGAUUCGUUGUCAUUGGUACGGGUGGGAAUUGGCGACAGAAAGCUGGGAUUAGGUCCUCUUUUUCUUUAUGGCUUGAUUUCAAAAAAGCAUGUUUUAGAGCUUGCUGGAAUAGAUGGAGAUGAGAAGAGAUUGAGUCUUAUGUCCCGUAGCUUUGGCACAAAAUUGGUUGGUAGAAAGGGAUUGGGCAGUCAUGGAGAAGAUCUUAUAUUGAGGAUAAAGGCUGCUAGAGGUUUUAAGAACACUAUGACAGGAAUAAUGAAUGGAUUACAUCACUCUUAACACAUUUAGAUUGAUUUUCUGUUCAAAUGGCUAUGCUAAACUCAGUGCUGAGACAGAUUGAUUGGUGAAUUGAUUUGUUUCAGAAUGCUGUCACUUCGAAAGAAUUGGCUUGAUUGGUUUCAGCAGACCUGGCUGGCAAUGCACAUUUAUUUGUGUGAUAAAUUUGGUUUAUCACAAUUCAUUUCUUCAAGAGGUCCGUGGGAUAAUAAAUUCUACCCAUUUUUUCGGUCUGUUGAAUUCAAUCAAAAGGAUGAAUCAGCUACUGCCAUCAAUUGUUCCUGCAAACGUAGAAAAAUUUGACUGACCCUAGAGUUCUUUUCUCUAAUAAUAGUGUCCAAAUGAGUUGCCUUGUAUAUUAAUAGUUUAAGAGAUGACCUACCUUUUAUGGCUUAGAAGUUACCCUGGAAGAGCUAAUGCGCUGUUUAUAUUUGAAGUACAUGUAGGUCUAAUUUUUAUUGUAAUGAGAACAAUUUUUGUAUGAAUUAGUUUGGAGAAGAUCACUUAUUUUGUUUGAA